GCAACGGCCAGGCGUUUUAUCGCAGUUGCUCCCGUUAUCUUAGCAAAACAUUAUGAUUUAAUGCAUAGUGGAUUAAAGUUUGCUUUGAAAACACCAAUCCGAGAAGCAGAAGCUCGCGGCAGCAAGAAACGAGUUGAGAAGUCGGUAUUCCAACGGGAAGCGUACGUGAGAUAAGGCCAUUUUUGCAUGUUGUUUUGUAGAGUUUUCGGGCCGAAGCAGAAAAAAAUAAAGCACCAGCGAAAUAAAUUCCUAAACCUUCCGCCAUCCCAAUCCGCCUGGCAACACUGCCGCUGAGUUGACGUGCGAGUGCGAGCGAGAGAGCAAGCUGGUGUAAGUUUCGACAACAGGUGAAAGCGAGAUGAGUUUAUUUGAGUUUCGAUUUGUUGUUAUAUAUACACUGUUGCGAAAAGUAAAAUUCCCUGCGCUGCUACAGUAAUUGCCUAAAUGGUAGCUGUUAAUUCUAUUUCUGCAAAUAUCGGUGCGUAGUGCAAGCUUAGCAAACAUCCAACCAAUCGAAACGCACGGACCGGAAAAGGGAGGACAAUGACCAACCAAGGAAAUCCCGCAGCCGAGGGCUUCUCGCACUGUACCCUGUUGGCAAGCGUCGAUGCGUACAACCCCGAUACGCUGGAUCUUUAUCAGGAUCUGGAGGCGAACCGGUAUUGGUUCGCUUGCUUCAACGACAUGUUGGCCAAGUUCGAACGCCAGGCGAUGGCGAGCCAGUCGACGGAUGCCAGCGCAAAAAACCGUGCCCAGUCCUUCCGGGAGCACUGUGUGGCUAUGUUCGAUAAGCUGCAGCAGGACAGACGCGAAACGGAAACACUUGGCAUCAGAAAUCUGCUGGAGGUGAUCGAAAGUGGUCUCCGAAAGUUUGGCUUUGACGAUCCCUGGAAGGAACAGAAAACGAUCGAAAAUAAAGCAUCUGUAGGGCUGCUAAAACAUCGGCUACAGCAGCUGGACAGCAUAGCGAGCGAAAGGGAAAAAUGGACCGAGCUGGUCCGUGGUGUAUUAGCUGGUAACAUGUUCGAUUGGGGCGCUCAGGCUGUGACAAAAAUUUUAGAAACAAAUAAUGGUUUCGGCCUCCAGCAGGCGCUGGAUCGAAUACAAAAAAGGCCGUGGUUGAUUGACGAUCUAGAUGGCUGGCUUAACAGGAUGCAGCACGAACCACCACACCGCUGUGCUACGAUUUUCACCGACAAUGCCGGCAUAGACUUUGUAUUGGGCAUUGUACCUUUGGUGCGCGAGUUGCUGAAGCGCAACACCAAAGUGUUGCUGUGCGCAACGCGUAAUCCAGCAAUCAACGAUAUUACCUACUCCGAGCUGACCAGAGCGAUCGCCGAUUGCUGCAAGGAGUGUGAUAUUCUGCGAACCGCCUACAGCGAACAAAACCGAUUGUUGCUCUUCGGUAACGAUCAAAUCGGUCCAUGCCUUGACUUUCGAAUGAUUUCAAAAGAUUUAGCAGUAGCGAUCGAACAAAAUAAGGUCGAUCUAUUGAUUAUCGUCGGAAUGGCACGGGCGCUGCACACCAACCUGUACGCAAAAUUCGUGUGCGAAACAUUCAAACUGGCUGUCGUAAAGAACGAAUGGUUGGCAAAACGGUUAGGCGGAGAAACGUUUUCGGUGGUGUGUAAAUAUGAAAGGUAAUAUUACGUGGAAUUACGUUUCACAGUCAACCAACGACGGAACGGGAACGACGACAUGGACACACAAGGCAUGAACUACUGAAAGAAUCGUAAUAAAUAUUGAACGUGAGUUUAUUAUAUUUUACAUAUUGCUAUAA